CUAUCUUGUCCAUUUAUUUUACUCUUUUCUAUUUUCUUUUCCCAUUUUACUUUCCUACUACUAAGCUCAAUUGUCUUGUCAAUCUCAUAGCAGCUAUGGUACUAAUCACACGUGAACAAGCCAUUUGCAUGUUCUACCAUCAGCCAUACAACAAGCAAAAAGCUGAAGAAUUACUGAAAAUGAUUGAGAACAUACACACUGAAAUCUGCUACAAAGACGAUCCUACGAAGCCAUUUUUGUGUUCAACUAAAAGUAUUAAUGCUUUUGAAUACCAUCAGUAUCCUUCUUUACUGAAAAAGGAUAUACAUGUGAAUGAAUAACUCCAAUUCACUUGGUUUUAUUUUAGUGCCUAAUAGCAUAAAAUCAAUUU